CGCGCGUCCAUCGGGGUCCGGAGGGAAUCCCAUAGAAAGCAAAGGGAUACGUCGUUCUUGAGGAGCUCGGAGUGCGGAGCCCCGGGAGGGUGCGAGGCCGCGCCGUCCUCACAGGAGUCGGGGCUGCCCCAGAGCAGGGAGCUGCGCUGCCCGCUGAGAAGGUCACAGUUCCUGCACCACACCCAUGAGAUGAGUCUUCAGCAACACCUGCAAGAGUUUUCCAGGUGAUGGUCUCGAUGCUCCUCCCACAGGUGAACUACCCAUUCUGGACACUGCACUUAGGGGCACCCGCUGAUUGAACAGGCCGAAGUCCAGGAGCAGGUGAAUUCCAGGACCCAGAGGAGAUUUGCUGGAGCAGAGAUCAGUUCCUUAAGAACCUGGUCCCUUGCUUCAGAGGGAAGCAGCAAGCCACUUUUUGCAUACCUCAGGCAUGCACAAUGCCGAUAGUUGAUAAGUUGAAGGAGGCCCUAAAACCUGGCCGCAAGGACUCAGCCGAGGAUUCAGAGCUGGGGAAGCUCCUGGCUGCCUCGGCCAAGAAGGUCCUCUUACAGAAGAUUGAGUUCGAGCCAGCCAGCAAGAGCUUCUCUUACCAGCUGGAGUCCUUGAAGAGCAAAUAUGUGUUGCUGAACCCCAAGACUGAGGGAGCCAGUCGCCCUAAGAGUGGAAAUGAGCCACAGGCCAAGAGACAAGGCAGUGAGCGCUUCUCUGGAAGCAGCAGUGAUGGCGUCCCAGCACCGCAGAAAGUGCUCUUUCCCACAGAGCAGCUGUCUUUGAGGUGGGAGCGUGUUUUCCGAGUUGGCGCAGGGCUGCACAACCUGGGCAACACCUGUUUCUUGAAUGCCACAGUACAGUGCCUGACCUACACGCCACCACUGGCCAACUACCUGCUCUCCCGGGAACACGCAAGGAGCUGUCACCAGGGGAGCUUUUGCAUGCUGUGCGUCAUGCAGAACCACAUCGUCCAGGCCUUUGCCAACAGUGGUAAUGCUAUCAAGCCCAUCUCCUUCAUCCGAGACCUAAAAAAGAUUGCCCGCCACUUCCGCUUUGGGAACCAAGAGGAUGCUCACGAGUUUCUCCGGUACACCAUCGAUGCCAUGCAGAAGGCCUGCCUGAAUGGCUAUGCCAAGUUGGACCGUCAGACACAGGCGACCACCUUGGUGCAUCAGAUUUUUGGAGGCUAUCUCAGAUCACGAGUGAAGUGCUCCGUGUGCAAGAGUGUCUCAGACACCUACGACCCCUACCUGGAUGUGGCACUAGAGAUUCGGCAAGCUACAAAUAUUGUGCGUGCUCUGGAACUUUUUGUGAAACCAGAUGUCCUGAGUGGAGAGAAUGCCUAUAUGUGUGCCAAAUGCAGGAAGAAGGUUCCAGCCAGCAAGCGCUUCACCAUCCAUAGGACGUCCAAUGUCUUAACCCUUUCUCUCAAGCGCUUUGCCAACCUUAGUGGGGGGAAGAUCACCAAGGAUGUAGGCUAUCCGGAAUUCCUGAACAUCCGUCCAUAUAUGUCCCAGAGUAAUGGCGACCCUGUCAUGUAUGGACUAUACGCCGUGCUAGUGCACUCAGGCUACAGCUGCCAUGCUGGGCACUACUACUGCUACGUGAAGGCAAGCAACGGACAGUGGUACCAGAUGAACGACUCCCUGGUUCACGCCAGCAAUGUCAAGGUGGUUCUGAACCAGCAGGCCUACGUGCUUUUCUACCUGCGAAUUCCAGGCUCUAAGAAGAGUCCAGAGGGCCUCAUCUCCAGGGCCAGCUCUACCCUUCCAAGCCGCCAGAGUGUGGUUCCAGAUCACACCAAGAAGAGUGCUGGCAACGGGGUCACUUCCUUGCCCACAACUGCAAAGCUGCAAGGCCCUGUUCCCAUGAGGAAGCCACAGGCUCCUGAGGAGAUUGGUGUGCCUGUUUCCAGGAGCAGCUCCCUGCCAGGCCCAAAGUUACAGAAUGGAUAUGUGCCUACGAAAUCCCCCUUGGGGUCCCCUACCCCCAGACUGGCCCAUACACCCACACACAUGCCAGCCCUCCUGGAUGAGAAUGGAAAGAAAGCCAAGAAGCAGGUCCCCUCGCAGCACUGCUCGCUUCCCCUCCGGACUUCUCCGAGUACCAGUGAACCUGGGAGCCGACGACGGGGCUCCUGGGACAGCGGGGACACUGUCGUCUCUACCUCACCAAAGCUCCUGGCUGGGGCCCCUGCCAAUGGGCACGGGUUGAAGGGGGAAGACAAGAGUGCAGACCUGGAGAAGGGGACUUCCAGCAGCUCCAGCCCAGAGCACUCUUCUGGCAGCAGCCCUGAGGUCCUGCAGGCUCCUGAGGGCAGAGUGACCUGUGUCAGUGAUUCUCAGGGAACAAACAGCCCCACUGCUGGUCUCUCCAAAGCGCUGCCUAAUGGGUUGAAUUCUAAGAUGGUGAAGCUCAAGUCUCCUGUCCUGGGCAGCACUGCCAUCGAACACAUGAGCCUCAUGUCCCCGCCACCAGCCAAGAAACUGGCCCUGUCUGCCAAGAAGGCCAGCACCCUGCGGAGGGCGACCGGCAAUGACCUCCGUUCACCUUCCCCCUCACCACUCUCCGAUCUCACCUACCCCAUGACAGUCACUCACCCCGUCGUUGCCUCCACUUGGCCUGUCAGUAAAUCCAGGGCUCUGUCACCUGCUCCCCAAUCAUCCAGCUGUCCCAAGCCUCCUGUCAGCACCCCCUCUGCAUCACUGUCCAGUAGUAUCCCCCAAGCCCCAUGGACAUCAGAGCCACAGAGCUGCUCUUCCACCCGGACUGCCAUGGCUCAGGUCAAUGGGAACUUGAUGUCCCCUUCAUACCAGCCGCUGGAGGCUAGCGAGGCCUCUUGGAGCCCCUCCAGGAAGAGGCACAGGAGCCCAGUGGGAAAGCCUCAGAUGCUUGGCCCAGAAGCCUGUGUCUCACAGCUUCUGGGCGGGGCAGCUGCAGUGCCUCGAAAGAAGAGGAAGAAGAAGAAGAGGAAGGGCCCAGAGGGCAUGGCCAUGGCCAUUCCUCAGGAGCAGAGGCAAGGGUCACCUUGGAGCCCCAAGAGCAAAAAGAAGGGACUGUCGGGGCUGCCAGCUCACCCACGGGAGGAAGGAGACACCCAGCCCCAGGAGGACAGCCAGCCUGUGAGCAGCAGGAAGAGGAAGAGGAGGGCAGCAGAGGGACUCUGUGAAGAAGCUGGCCUUCUCCAGGGCCCACCGUGGCACAGCAGCUGCACCUCCAAGGGCCACGGACAACAUGAGGACAAGGCAGAGUCUCCGAGGAAAAAGAAAAGGAAGAAAAGAAGGCCUGAGGCACAGCAGGAGGAAGAAGAAAACCAACAUCCCGAAGACCCAAGGAGCACAAAGCCCAGCGUCACCACGGGCUCGGAGUUGAGUGUGAACAGCCAGCUUCCUGGGGACCGCCCAGCUACUCUGCUUACAGGGCUAGGACAGGCUCCUCUUGGACCGUGGAACAGGGAGCGAGAGCCUGAUGUGGUCCAGGAGCUGCUCAAAUACUCGUCGGAUAAGGCGUAUGGGAGACAAGUUCUGACUUGGGAUGGGGAACUGUCUGCGGUCAGCCGCGAUGCCAUGGAGGACAGCAGACUGGCCCGGACGCAGACAGUGGUUGACGAGUGGGACGAAGAGUUUGAUCGUGGCAAGGAAAAGAAAAUGAAAAAAUUUAAGAAGGAGAAGAAGAGAAACUUCAAUGCCUUCCAGAAGCUUCAGAGUAGACGAAACUUUUGGUCUGUGACUCAUCCAGCUAAGGCCACCAGCCUCAGCUACCGCCGGUGAACUUGGUGUCACAAUAGGAGGACCAGCGUGCCUGUUCCACAGCCUCCUCGAGCUGUCACUUCCUGGGAACCCUUGUCUGGAUCUGAGGAGUGGCCUUAUGCAGACUCAACUGCCUUGCCACCUCUGGGGCUCUGCCAUGAGCCUGCCAUGUUGGGGGCUCCCAUGUCACUGUAGACAGCCUGGCGUGGAGGCUUUGGGGACAUUCACAAGGAGCUCCACAGGAACCUCACCAGGCGAUGUCCAGCGGAGCAGACAACAACCCGGAACGUUUGGAAGGGGCCAGCAUCCUUGUGGUCAUGGGCAGUAGUCUGAGCAGGCAAAGCCAUCUGCUCCUGUCUGGGACUGAAAGUGGGGACAGGACAGUGCAUCUCCAGUGCGUCAUGUGCCCAGGAUGGCAGGCAUGCAGUUGGAGGCUCUUCCUGGCAAGCCACCCCUUCCUCCCGAGCCCAGCACUGCCCUGUCCCAUGCCCUGCCCUCCUGGUUCCCUCCGUGGGACCUGUGUCUGUAUGCCUUACUAGCCAUCUUGAAAUGGGAAGAGCUGGUGCCCACCUGCACUGCCGCCUCUGCCAUUCUGGGAAAGGCAGGUAGCACUUCCAGCAGUCAGAGACUGGAGCCUUCUGGGUAGGGGAACUCUUGAAUUAUGUGCCGGUGCAUCUGCUUCUCAGGCUGCUGUCUGUCCAGGGUGGCUUUGCCAUAGCUUCCUUCCCAGCUGCAAUAACCCAUGGGUCUCUAAUGGAGGGAUGUAGGGAUGAAUUCUCCGUUAUUUUAUUACUUAAUAUAAAGCGUUUAUUUUUUACCAGACCUGUGGCUUCCCAGCGGCAAUAUAUUCUCCUAAUAGUAUGCAAAUACUGGCUUUGUUUGCUCAAUUUUGUAAGUGCUUUUGAAUCUAGAUGAUUGUAUGACUCAAGAUCCCUUUUUAUCUUGCUCAAGUUAGGCCUGCAGACUUGUGAUUUAACACAGACACCUCAGUAAAAAUGGCAUUUCCAAGGAAAAGACAGCAUCCCAUCAGUAGGAGGUAGAGAAGUACAUCAGAUGGUCCUCCCUCGGGAGGUGUGUCCCCGCAUCUCCCGGAGCUGUCCGGGGCAUGCUGGGCCUGCGCUCAGGCCCCUGUCUGCUGCCUUCAUCAGUGCCACCCUUCUGUUCACUCUGCUCUCUGCUCGGGGCCUUGCUCAAUCCUUGGGGACAGAGAGGAGUUGUGUCUUCGCAUGGUGAGGGACGUUGGAAGUUUCCAUGCCAGUGGUUCUUUUAGGUUUUUCACUUCUGUGCUUCACUUCAGGGAAAUGCAGGAGGGAGCAGCGACACCGUGGCCUGAUCACUUCUCAUUCCAGCCGAGAGCGGAUGGCGGCUUGAGUGCUGCUCAGGACAGGCCUGGCAUGAGUGUGCCGUGGCUUCCUAGUCUGCCGUCUUGGAAGAAAGGCUGGCAUUAUUGCAGGCAGGGCUCGCUUUCCACUAGAGGGGUUGACUGGUUCUAACGUUAACUGCUUCCCGGGCAAAUUGUUCCGUGACGCUCUGUUGUUGAAAAUGUAAGGUGCCUGCCAGCACAGCCUUGAUCUCCUUUGUCUCUCUCCCCUCUCCUGCAGCUGGUCUUGUCUUCUCCUAGACUGAACAUUGUAGGGACUUACCCUGGGGAGAGUAUCUCUGCAUUCUCUCUGGCAGUGGUGAAUCCCGGUCUGACUUCCUACAGUGUCUGUCACUGUUGGGUAGAGGCAAGUCCUUUCCUUCUGUAAAAACUGUCGUGUCCGCCAGACAGGUAUGAGGAAAAAUGCAUCCAGAAAACCAUCCAUAUUGUAGGUGACAUGUACAUAUAUAAAUACAUAGAAAUACCUAAGCUUUUACAAUAGCAGUCACUUGCUUGGGUUAGAACUGGGAGUGGAGGUACAGGACCCACGUGCAGUGGACCACCUCCCUGGUACUCCAUGUCACCUUGCAAACCUUCCAUCAUUAGGGGUUGUUCUCUCCCCAAGUCCUGGUGUAUGGCUGCACCUGUAUGUGUAUAUGGGGCCCCCACCUUUUCCACUUCCUCUCCAGGGACUUUGGGAGCCCCAGAUGUUCCAAGAUCUUGGUGCAAUAAAAUUCUAUGUCCUUGUGA